CUGUUUCAGACCGGUUAGACACUUGUCAACUUUCUUCCGUGUCUUCAAGAUUUCUUUUAUCGUCGACUUCAACCUGAGAUUCAGUGAACUGUUAAAGUUGUUCGGAUGUAUUAAUUCGGUUCGCACGCAUUUGAACUCAUCUUACAUGUGUUCAAAUGUGUCUAUAGAAAGAAUAACGUGAGGAAGAGCUUGCAACGGGACAGUUCCAGAGGCCACUGGACAACUAUGAAGCUACUUCACCCAUCAAAGAACCUCCUUUAUUUGCUCCUAACCUUUGGAUCCUUUCUAGGUGGGAUGUUGAUCCCUGUUGCAGUGAACAUUGGGGAUACUGCGAUUUUCACUUGUAAUGAGACAUGUAAUGGACAUCUCUUAUGGACAUUCCACACUAACAAUGAAAAUCUGGAAGUUUUAAAAUGUAUCCAAGAGAUUUGCACCAAAGGAGACAACUUUAAGAACAGAGUGAGCCUUAAGCCUGGAAACAUGUCUCUAGGCCUGUAUCCUGUUCUGUACAAUGAUGAAGGCUGGUACAUGGUCAAAUGUGAUUCAGUGUUUCGCUGUGAAUUCCACUUAGAAGCUCUUGUACCAACUACUGUGAGCACCUCAGUCAGAAGCAACGUCACACUACCCUGCUACGCACGUACAGAGAAACGAAUUACUGAUGACGCUGUGAACAUCCUGUGGAAAAAAGAUGGCCAAACGGUGUUACAAGUUCAAAAAGGAAUUACAACAUAUGGCUCAGGUUUUACAGGCAGGGCAUCAAUUUCACUUCACCAUUAUAAGCACGGAGAUCUUUCCCUUAACAUGCUCAGGGUCACCACAUCAGAUAAGGGAUUGUUCCGGUGCUAUCACAGAACUACAGAAGAACAGGGUUAUCCUGGUGCUGUCACUCUCAAUGUUACAGCUGAUCAAAAGUUCUAUGCAAAAAAGUUUGGUGGAAAUCUCACCCUGGACCUGUUUGGCUCCGACCGUGUAAAGGUAACUUUCACCGGUCAUGAUGCAGAUGAGACCCCUGUUUGCAGUGUGUUAGGGAACAACACCACAUGCUCAUCUGAGUACACGCACAGAGUGUCUGUCAUAAAAGGCUUCCUCGUGCUGCGCGAGUUAACGUCCACUGAUACAGGCACAUUUACUGUGAAAAACAAGAUGGAUGAAGUCAUUGGUGUCAACACUGUCACUGUGGAGGGUGUGACCCAGAGACAUCACUACAUAACUCUGCCUGUGCUAAUUGAUUUCAUUCUCAUUUGCCUGUUCCUUUGCUGCCAAUAUCAUAGACAGUCGCAAGCACAGCAGUAUCGCUGCAGUUAUAAUGCAAUACAGUCUAAUGUGAAUAUAAAUCCAGAACCGAUGAGAGAGCCUGCAUGCAUUGGAUUGUCGCAACAAGAAACCAACCCAGAGCCUGACGUUCGUCCACACACACCUGUCGAGGAGACCAUGCCUGAGCCUGUGAGGCCCACUGAGAAGCAAGACAACACUGAAGAGUAUAUUACGUGUGGAAUAGGAAUUGGAGAAACAGUAUAGGAAUACUUUAAGAGAACUGAAAAACUGCUCAAAUGUUCUUCCUCUGCUGUAUUAUAUGCUAUGAAAAAGAUGGCAUUAAGAUUUAAUUGGAUAUUCUUUGAGCAACUGCAUAACUGUGCCAGUGAACAAUUCAUUAUAUUUUUUACUUCAGGAAGGCUUUAUAGCUGCAGUCUUGUUGGUCAAAUUUAGGAUAUUUUUUUUUUUGGGCAAAAAAGAUCCAUUUUCCAUCAAUAGUGUAGCGAUGUAUGAA